AUGCUCCCCCCGAGCUGUCGCCGCCGCUGUCCCGCAGGGAAUGUCGUGGACGGCCAGGCCCCGCGGCCCGUGGCCAGCCAGCUGCGCUGGGACCUGACGGCCGAGCAGAUCGAGGCCAUGGCCGCCGAGCUGACCGAGAGCACCAAGCUGGUGUACGACCGCGUGGGAGCCCAGGAGCGCGGGGAGGUCUCCUACGAGAACACGCUGAAGGCUCUGGCGGACGUGGAGGUGGAGUACACAGUCCGUAGGAACAUGCUGGAUUUCCCCCAGCACGUGUCCCCCUGCAAGGCCACCCGCGCCGCCAGCACCGAGGCCGACAAGAAGCUCUCGGAGUUCGACGUGGAGAUGAGCAUGAGGCAGGACGUGUACCAGAGGAUUGUGUGGCUCCAGGUGUGUCCUCUGCCACCUGCAACCCCCUGGAAUUCCAGCAGAUCCUUCUGCCUCAUCCCAGAGCUGAGAAGGGAACGAUGCAGGAGUGGGGCGUGGAAAAUCAAAGCUAUCAAGAAAAAGCUGAGCGUGCUGUGCAUCGACUUCAACAAGAACCUCAACGAGGACACCACCUUCCUGCCCUUCUCCAGGGAGGAAUUAGGGGGGCUCCCUGAGGACUUCCUGAACUCCCUGGAGAAGACAGAGGAUGGGAAGCUGAAGGUCACCCUGAAGUACCCACACUACUUCCCCCUGCUGAAGAAGUGCUACGUGCCCGAGACCAGGAGGAAGGUGGAGGAGAUGUUCAACUCCAGGUGCAAAGAGGAGAACUGCCUGAUCCUGAAGGAGCUGGUGGACCUGAGGGCUCAGAAGGCCAAUCUGCUGGGCUUCAGCACCCACGCCGACUUCGUGCUGGAGAUGAACAUGGCCAAGAGCAGCCGGACGGUGGCCACGUUCCUGGAUGAGCUGGCCCAGAAGCUGAAGCCCCUGGGGGAGAAGGAGCGGGCUGUGAUCCUGGACCUGAAGAAGAAGGAGUGCGAGAAGCGCGGGCUGGACUUCGACAACCGCAUCAAUGCCUGGGACAUGCGCUACUACAUGAACCAGGUGGAGGAGACCAAGUACAGCGUGGACCAGAACCUGCUCAAGGAGUAUUUCCCCAUGCAGGUGGUCACCACGGGCCUCCUGGCCAUCUACCAGGAGCUGCUGGGCCUCACCUUCCACCUGGAGGAGAAGGCUCAGGUGUGGCACGAGGACGUGCAGCUCUACACGGUGAGGGACGCGUCCUCCGGGGAGACCAUCGGGAAGUUCUACCUGGACCUGUACCCACGGGAAGGGAAGUACGGACACGCCGCCUGCUUCGGCCUCCAGCCCGGCUGCCUCUUGCCGGACUCCAGCCGGCAAAUCUCGGUGGCCGCCAUGGUGGCCAACUUCACCAAGCCCACGCCGGACGCCCCUUCCCUGCUGCAGCACGACGAGGUGGAGACUUACUUCCAUGAGUUUGGGCACGUCAUGCACCAGCUGUGCUCUCAGGCGGAGUUUGCCAUGUUCAGCGGGACGCACGUGGAGCGGGACUUUGUGGAGGCCCCGUCUCAGAUGUUGGAGAAUUGGGUGUGGGAGAAGGAGCCGCUGCUGCGCAUGUCCAGGCACUACAAGACGGGGAGCCCCAUCCCGGAUGAGCUGCUGGAGAAGCUCAUUAAAUCCCGGCAGGCAAACACAGGGCUCUUCAACCUGCGCCAGAUCGUCCUGGCCAAGGUGGACCAGGCGCUGCACACCCAGACCAAGGCUGACCCCGUGGAGGUGUUUGCCCAGCUCUGUGAAGAGGUGCUGGGUGUCCCUGCCACCCCAGGUACAAACAUGCCGGCCACCUUCGGCCACCUGGCCGGGGGCUACGACGCCCAGUACUACGGCUACCUCUGGAGCGAGGUGUACUCCAUGGACAUGUUCCACACCCGCUUCAAGCAGGAGGGAAUCAUGAACUGCAAGGUGGGCAUGGAUUACAGGAACUGCAUCCUGCACCCCGGCGGCUCCGUGGACGCGGCUGACAUGCUGAGGAGGUUCCUGGGCCGGGAGCCCAAGCAGGACGCCUUCCUGGCCAGCAAGGGACUGAAGGUGGAGAGCAGCUCGGUGCCUUCGGCCUGAGGUGCUGCUGGGCCCUGCCAGGGGAAGCUCCUGCCCACGCACCCACCCUGGCCUGGCUCCUGUCACCAAACAGCCCCGGCCACCCCUGCCUGGAGCUGCCCCUCCAUG